AUGGAGAUUUUACCUGCUAAACAAGAUUGGUUAUUUGCUAUUCGACGAGCAUAUCUUGUUUAUUUAGAUUAUAAUGGAAAAGAUGGUAAGGCAUAUUUAUAAUUAACAUGAUUGAUUUUUUAUUUAAUUUAGCAAAAAAAUCUUACUACCAACAUCAAAACGUUGUGCAGAUUCAAUUUAUAAUUUUUGUAUCAUGAAUGAAAGAAGUAAGCACCUUGAAAAUGGUAAACAUUCAGUAGUACACCUUGUUAGUGCACUUGGAUUCUAUAAACUUUAGAUUGGAUUUCGUAUUUUCUACAUUAUCUUGGUUUUGUCUUCGUGAACAAAAUAGUCUAUUGUUUAUGUGAAACAGUGUAUCCUGGAAACAUUAUUGCGUUACUUUAAGCUCUUGAGAUUUUGUUCUCUUUUGUUAUUGUUUUUUAGAUUGCUGUUUUUUGUUAUUAUUUGCACUCUAUUAUAUUUGUUCCGAAUAAAAUUGAAAGAUAUUUUAAAGAAAUUAGAUGAUGUUCUUAUAGAAAGUGAAAUAUUAUUCUUCGUUGAGAAUAAUAUGAGACUAUUAGUUUUAGAAUAGAAAGAUUUUUUUGCAUGGUCGAAGUAAGAUAAGCAAUCAAUUUCAUUAAGAAUACUAGUACAACAAGGUUUUUAUCUUUCUCUUUAUUAAAUAGUUUGUGGUGAUUAAGUGAAUGUCCCGUGUAUAAUAUAGUUGCGUAACCAAGCUGGAACCAGCUAGGGCAGGUGUGGGUGGAGUUACACAGGAGACUCUCACUGGUAUGCAAACACUCACACCUAUACUCACCCAUGCCCAUACCUACACGCAUCCACACCCACAUCCUCGUUUCGACCUCAAAUGACUUUAAAAUAAAAAAACAAACAUCACCAUUGGAUGUAGAAAAAAUUUCGAAGUUUAUUUCAAUGAUCUUUGUUUUCAAUUGAUUUUAGUAUAACGAAUAUUGAUUAAAACAAGUCAUUUGCUACGUUUGUUUUUUGCUAACCUUGCUUUAUUUUCUUUGAUCGAUUUUUCUCAAUCGUCUAUCAUCCUUAAACAAUUUUAUUCUCUAUUUCCAUCAUUUUCCUCUUUUUUUGUGUACUUAAAAAGUGAGUACACUCUAGAAUCGGUCAGUGUGUCCGACCGUUUACACGAUAACUUUUGAAAAGAGAGUCCGAUCGCGAUGAAAUUUUCUACACAGUUUAGUCUCAACAAUACCUCGCUCGAGUUCGAAGAUGAAAAUGAUUUGCCGAGCCGUUGCUGAGUUAUUGCAAAAAUAGUCAUUUUUCCCUAUGUCUUCCUAUGCGAAGAUCGAUCUAUCCCCGUUUUCGAAAAAACUUUUCCCGUCAUAAUCAAAUAAAACCCCAACUAUUAUAUACUAUUCGAUAGAGAAUUUCAUGAGCUACAAAAUGGUAUAUAAAACAUUAGGAAAUAAGAAAGCUGGGUGUGAGUACGAGUGUCGGGUGUGGCUGUGGGAGUGUGGGUGGGUUUGCAUGCCACUCUGCAUGUGACUCCGAAUGUAACCAUCUCUUGAACCACACGCACACCUUCACACCCACACCCUCUAAAACCAGGAAUAUUCUUAAUAAUAUUUUGCACCAAAUUUGUUGUACCAGCACUAAAAAAAUAUAUAUAUAUAUAUAUUUGAGUUGAAAAUCAAUUGAAACUUACGUAUGCUUAUUCAAGUAAUCAUGAAUAAUGAAUUCUUCAACAAACGGAUAAACAUCAUCCUUUACCUAA